AUGGACACCAACGGCGCGACCGACAGCAAGUACGUUACUCUGGUCUCGAGUGAUGGCUACGAGUUCGUCGUCUUGCGUGACGCCGCCAUGAUCAGCCCUGCCAUCAAAGGAAUGUUGGACACACGCAACAACUUCCGCGAGGCUACUUUGGGCCGCUGCGUGUUUGAAGAGAUCAGUGGCGUUGUACUCGAAAAAGUGUGCGAGUAUUUCCAAUAUUGGUAUCGCUACCGUGAGCGUGAGGAUGUCCCUGACAUGGACAUUCCUGUGGAGCUGUGUCUGGAACUGCUGGUCGCGGCCGAUUUCCUGGGUCUGGACAAGCAAAACACCGGCACUGUCUGA